UCGAGGGGCUUGAACCGGAUCGGACGCGGACGGAUCGGACGCGGAUUCCGGAGCUCGAAGCUAAGUGAAAAUUUGUUGUUUUGUAUCUGAGUUUGGUUUUAAGUGUACUACUUAUGGCUUAGCAUAAAGUAGAUUCAAUAGAGCAGUAGCAUCGGGGAGGUGAAAUGGGAAUGUAGGGGUAGGGGGAAGCGAUUGUAGCGGUAGUGUAGGCUCACGUGUCGGGACACGUGUAGUUCAAAUUUUUUUGGCGGGCGCUUUGUCUCGGUCAGUUAAUUUGAAAUUAUAUAGGGACACUGUUCCUUCUCUUCAGUUGGAUUUAGAGGUAUUUGGGGAGGACAGGAGCGCGAAUGGCAAAAAAACCGGACAAGGCCAAGCCAGACAGGGCCAAACCGGAUGUGCCCAACGUGGCAUGCGGUAAGUGUGAACGAUGGUGCUUCCUCAUGGAAACCCCGUUCGGGAGCGUGGAGGAAGCAGCGGACAAAGAGUACCAAUGCCGGAUCUGCGUGAAUGCUGAUGAGGUGAAGGGGAUGUUGGAGAUGAUGAGGGGGGAACUCGGGAAGGAGCGGGAGGCUCGAGAGAGAAUGGAGCUGCAGAUGAAGGAGGCUAGGGAGGGGCUCAGGGACGAGAAGGGCGAAAACAAAGGGGUGGACGGGGGAGAACUUGGCGGGCAGAGGAAGGGAACACACGUACAGUGUGGUGACUGCAAAAAGUCAGUGGACAUAGAGGACACAAGGUUUGAUAGCGUAGACGAGGCAGGGAUGACAGAGUUCAUGUGUAGAAUGUGCGUCCUAAACGCACGACAGGACAGGCUGGAAGCAGAGAACACAGAGCUGAUGGCAAGGAUUGUGAAGUUAGAGGCAGAGCUGGAGAGGGAAAGAAGUGAAAGGCAGACAGUGGACGACAAGCUGGCGAAGGCGAACGAAGAGUUGGCAGAUCUGGAGGUGGUCCUUCUGCCAUCGGACAUCACAGCAAACGACACGGUCGUAGAAAGUGAUGGGGGGAGGACGUACAAAGAAGCACUGAAGCCGGGAGGAGAAGAGACGGGAAAAGGGGAGGAAAAGUCAAAGGGCAAAGCCCCUGCUUUGGUGGAGAGUAGGCAGGACAUGGAGGGCAACGUGAUCAUAGCAGGGGACUCCAACAUGGAAAGGUGCAGGAGGGCAAUAGCUGAAAGGGUGAAGGGGGACGCCAGGGUCCGGAUUGGGGUGUUGCCUGGACAGACAAUGAGGGCGGUGAUUGAGGGGGUGAAAGAUAAACUAUGGGAGACAAAAGAAGGCCAAAACCUCGUGGUGAUAGCGGGGGGACUGAACGAUGUAUUACGAGGGAACGGGGGAGGGGUGGGGAAGCAGUUGCGCAGGGGAGUGCUGGAGUUGAGGGCGACAUCAGACAAUGUAGAGAUCCAUGUCUGCACAGUGCCAGAGGUGAGGGGCCAGGGCGUUCACAUCGAGAGAGCCGUGGUGGCCGCAAACCGGGACAUCAGGAGACUGGGAAGGGAGAUGGGUUUCGGGGUGAUGGACAUGAAUUGGGAGGUGCGCAAUAACAGAGCGAAGGCUUUUGAGGGGACCGGUAUCCAUUUCAGCCCCUACGUGGGGAGGGCCGUUGGGUGGCGGAUGGCAGGGAAGGCGGUGGCUUUUUUAGGAGGCCCCAAAGCUCUAAGGGCGAAGAAUCCUGCCAGGAGCGAGGCGAAGGGCCCGUAG